AUGGAACAAAGAAGAUGUGCGAUGAGGAGGGCGCGAGGAUGUUUGUUCGACUGCGUGGUUUCUGUGCUUUUGUGGAGCGUGGCCUCAGCGCAAAUAAGAUAUUCAAUCUCAGAGGAAGUUAACGAAGGAACUGUUGUUGGAAAUAUCGCAAAGGAUCUUGGAUUAGAUAAAAGCACACUGAAAGACAGGAAGUAUCGGAUUGUUUCCAGUAAUGCGGAUCGGCUUUUCCAUGUGAAUCAAAACGAUGGUGUUCUAUAUGUGAGCCAGAAGAUUGACAGAGAGGAGGUGUGUGCGCAGAGCAGUACGUGUUUAAUUAAUCUAAAAACUGUACUAGAAAAUCCACUGGAAGUGCAUUACGUUGGGGUGGAAGUGCUGGAUAUAAAUGACAAUUCUCCUAGUUUCCCACAAAAUGAGAAAGUGUUGGACAUUUUUGAGUCGGUGUUGCCCGGAACACGAUUUCAGUUAAAACCUUCACGGGAUCCAGACAGUGGCCAUUUCUCCGUGCAGCAAUAUAAACUCAGUCCCAACGAACAUUUCCGUUUGGAGGUUAAAGAUAAAGGAGAAGAUGGUAAAAUACCAAUAUUGGUUGUUCAAAAAUCUUUAGAUAGAGAAACUGCAGGAAGUAAAUCAUUAGUACUGACUGCACUGGACGGGGGUAAACCUCCGAAAUCUGGCACCAUGACUAUUGUAGUAAAUGUUCUAGAUGUGAAUGAUAAUGCACCUGUUUUCUCUCAAAAUGGUUAUUCUGUGAUGCUCAAAGAAAAUGCUCCUGUAGGAACAACAGUCAUACACGUGAAUGCAACUGAUUUAGAUGAAGGACUAAACGGAGAAGUAGUUUACUCAUUUAGCAACAGUAUGAAUCAAAAUAUAUUAAACGUAUUUAAUAUCAAUGCAUUAACAGGCGAGAUAACUGUAAAAGGAUUAAUAGAUUAUGAAGAAAAAGACAGAUAUGAAAUUGAAAUUGAGGCGUCAGAUAAAGGUACUAUUCCUUUUACAACUGACAAAAGUGUCAUCAUUAAGAUAGUUGAUGUCAAUGAUAAUGCACCUGAGAUUGAGGUUACAUCGUUUUCAAGCUUAAUCUUUGAAGAUUCAAGACCUGGAACUACAGUAGCCCUUAUCAGUGUAAAUGAUUUGGACUCUGGUCUCAAUGGAAAAGUAAUUUGCUCCAUAGUUGAGGGUGUUCCUUUUGCUUUAACUCCAUCCUUACAAGAUAAAAUGUUUUCAUUGGUGACCAAAACAACCCUUGAUAGAGAGAUACAGUCACAAUAUGUCCUGACCAUAACUGCAAAAGAUGCUGGUCAACCUCCAUUAUCAUCUGAGAAGACAAUAAAUGUAAUGGUUUCAGAUGUGAAUGACAAUAGUCCAGAAUUUCCACUAAGUCCAUAUACUUUCUACAUCACUGAAGCCAAUAACCCAGGAACCUCUGUGUUUUCUGUUCAAGCUUUUGAUCGUGAUGAGAAUGAUAACGCACACAUAACCUAUCAUAUUCUCAGAAAUGGCAGUGAUGGAAAUAAAUUAACCUCCUUUUUAAAUAUCAACUCUGAAACUGGAGAUAUUUUGGCGCUGAAAAGCUUUGACUUUGAGACUCUGAAAACAUUCCAGUUCCAAGUUGUCGCCACAGAUUCUGGAACUCCGUCACUAAGCAGCAACGUCACAGUGCACGUGUUCAUUUUGGAUCAGAACGACAACGCUCCAGUCAUCCUGUAUCCGGUCAGCUCUAACGGUUCUGCUGAAGGUGUGGAGGAGAUUCCCCGCAAUGUGAACGCAGGACACUUGGUGACUAAAGUCAGAGCCUAUGACGCUGAUAUAGGAUAUAACGGCUGGUUACUGUUCUCACUGCAGGAAGUCACUGACCACAGUCUCUUUGGUUUGGACCGCUAUACAGGACGGAUCAGAACACUUCGCUCAUUCACAGAGACAGACGAGGCUGAGCAUAAACUGAUCAUACUGGUGAAAGACAAUGGCAACGUUUCCCUGUCAGCAACGGCUACUGUGGUUGUCAAACUUGUGGAGCCCAGAGAGGCUUUUGCUGCUGCUGAUGUUAAAAGUGCAACAAAGGAUGAUGAGGAUAAUAAUGUGACUUUUUACCUGAUGAUAACUCUGGGCUCAGUCUCAACACUUUUUCUCAUCAGCAUCAUCGUGCUGAUUGCAAUGCAGUGCUCUAAAUCCACAGACUAUACUUCUAAAUAUCUCCAAGAGACUAAUUAUGAUGGGACACUGUGUCACAGCAUCCAGUACAGAUCUGGAGACAAGCGGUACAUGUUAGUUGGACCCAGAAUGAGUAUAGGAUCUACUAUAGUCCCGGGCAGCCAUGCCAACACACUGGUGCUCCCUGACAGGAGGGGGACAUCCACAGAGGUAAGACAAAUCUAA